GGAUCCGGUGCAAGUCGAUAGGCAAGAACUUUGUCGCGUCGCGCUACUUUGCUUCCGCUUGCGCGUCGAUCAUUCACUUGUUGCGGCCACCGAUGAGCUCAUCCCAGACUGAGUCCAUGUGAUCGGCAGCUCGUAAUUGGGACUUUUUGUAUCUAACAUUCCGUUCAGGGCACUGGCCAUGCUCCGAAGCACGCUUGGCCAGUUUUACCGCGUCACCAUCCAGGAUGGCCGUAUCUUCAUUGGUGCCUUCGUCUGCGUUGAUAAAGAGAAGAAUAUGGUUCUAACUAAUACUGAGGAAUUCUGCCCUGAUGCAACCGACAUGACAAGAGGGCGGUAUGUUGGACUUGUAAUGAUCCCUUGGCGCUGGGUUGUAAAGGCAGAGGUCGAACAUAAAUCUUGAACAUGUAAGCGCUUCCUACCAGCGCCGGUACCAACAAGGCUCAGUAACUUCGCUUGUCCGCCCCGUGACAGGAUGGCCCUCAGUAAGAUUGUCUAUUCGAAAUCUUCCGCAUUGUUUGAUCGGGUUUGAUAUCGGAAGAGAUCAUCGGUGCAUUAUCAUUGGAAAUACAGCUCUGAGGUUAUGAAAAAUGUGGACGGAUAGAAAGCGUGUAUACGUCACCG